CGCAGGCAAGGGGACGAUCCGCGGGAGGGGACCAAGCAGGACGGGAAGGAGGCGGGCCCAGCAACUCACCCAGCCCACCCUUUGAGAGGGGCCCCUAGAGAACGCUGGUGGGGGGGAGGCGGGACCCCAGGAACCCACCUAGCACCCCAGUCUUCUGGCUCCUUCUCCAUCCCUCCAGCCCCCAGCCCUAAGGAGCCCACCAAGUAGAGGGGUGGACAGAAGCCACGCGGGAGCCAGAGCAGACGCACGGGGAUCCCCGGACGGUGGCGCCGGCUCCCCACGGACAGCCACCUGCACUGCCCCCGUGGUGUCCCAGCCCCGACAGCUCUUAGCAGAGCGGUGUGGCUCGUGGGUCACCCUGGCAUGUCUGGCUGCUGUCGGGUGUCACCCGUCACGGGACCCUUUCAAAUACCUUUCUGCUCUCCCCCCACCGCGGGGGAAAACAGCCGCAGGUCUUGGGCCCUGCGGCGUGACCACGGCAGCGAACGCGAGCCCUCAGCGCUCUGGCCAGGCGGGCGGCUCCCAGCUGCCACUCGUGGGCAGAGGCCCACCGGACAGGCGGCCGGCUGAGGAGGCGCAUGCUCCGGCCCUUCGGCGGGAAGCCGGUCACCUGACACCCCGGGGGCAGAGCUGGUCAGGGCUCCGGCCGGGCCGGCCUCGGCUUCCUCGGCGUGUCUAGGGGGAGGGGUGACCCUCCCGCGGGACACGAGAGGCCGCAUGCUGCCUGUGCCUCCUUGCCGGGUGGGCUGGCGUGAUCCCCGCCCUACGACCGGGAUUAUCCUACCUGCUGGACAGGGAAGGGUUGAUGCGGUAAACGGGGCUCGCCCUCCAGCCUGGGGGCCGGGUGGCCCAGCGCCGCGUGGGCCCCAGCCUGGCUCCGUGGCUGAGUCAGCUGGCAGGCGAGUCAGACGGCGGAGCCCGGCUGGUGCAGGGUGGGAGCGGCAGGUAUAAGAUGGCAGCCUGGCUGCCCGGGGCACCAGCCUCUCUCCGGGACACCAUGCGGCUGCUCCUCGGGCUCCUGCUGGCUGCCGCCCUGAGCCUGGAGCUGGCCCAAGCCUUGAUGUGUCACCAGUGCAAGGGCUUCGGAGGGUGCACCCGUGCGUUCAGAUGCCCAUGGAACUCCAACUACUGCGUCACCAUCGCCACCCGGGUCCCCUUAAGCCUCAUCGACCUGCCUAUGGUGACCAAGUCGUGCCAGACCAGCUGCCCCGACGUCUCUACCCUGGGCCUCGGCCCCCACGUGUCCAUUGCCUGCUGCCAGUUCAGCCUCUGCAACCAGGACUGAGCGCCCCUCCACCCGCAGCCGCUGCCCCUGCUCACAGAGCCGAUGCCGCGCCCCGGCCCCCAGGCAGACCCUGCUCUGCCCGCAGCUGAGAUGGGGCCCCGGGGCCGGGGGGCGCUCCAGGAGCAUCCCGGGCCGCGCAGGGGGGUCAGGGGGCC